GGAUGCGCAAAGUGGUUUUCGGUAUGACAAAUGGAAAUUGUUUGGCUGCUUGUUUUGUAUAGCACAUUUGACGCAGUUAUCAUUGAAUGCAGUAAAUCGCACAUUGUACGUUUUUUUUUUUCAUCCAGCGAGCAGUAAUACAAAAACGCAUCAACUGAUUGAAUUUCAAAUUGGUUCGGGGAUAAUUAUUUCUUUAGUUUUGCUUUUUUAUUACUCAUUUUUGAUUUUUUAUUUGUCCCCCCAAAUAUUGAUUCGAAGAGGGAAAAAGAUAUGGUUAGUUUUGAAUAAGGUCAUCGCAUAACACACAGUGGAUUCUCCCUUGCCUCUGUAUCGAAGUAUCGAAUGUCACCGCCAACCACCAACUAGCACACACAAUAAACGAUAUAAAAAACAAUUCAGACGACGUUCGCACAUUGUCAUCACCAACCAUCGUGCAAUAGUAACAGCAACGACGACAACAACAAAAACAACAGUAACACGAGCCAAUUACCGCAUACCCAACAAGCAUCAGCAUCGAAUUAUGUCAGCGGAGGUUCAUCAAAAUGAAUAUUUCCAUAAUCCGUAUGCGUCGAAUGCGACAAAAUUUUAUGAUCUGAAUGAUGAUUGUGUGCUAGAGAUUUUUCAACGAUUGACUGUGUUGGAUUUGUGUGCGAUUCGUUACACGUGCAAAAGAUUUGAUGCGCUUGCUGAAUAUUUUUUCAAAAUGGUUUACAAAACGUUGAAUUUUAGUAAUUGGAAUAUAAAAGGUGAAUACUCGCUGCUGACGGAAGAAGAGAUGAAAACCAUACUCACGACGUUCGGCGUGCAAAUGGAUUCGAUUACAGUGAAUGCUGAUUCAUUCGAACCGGAAUCAAAGACCGUGCUACAAAUUAUCAAUGAAUAUUGUGGUGCAAAGCGUUUACGCUUCUUUAAAAUGGUAAAAUUUGUCAUCGACGAGGAAACGGUUGAGCGAUGCUCACGCCUCUGGUCCAACAUCGAUCAGCUGACAAUUGACAAGUGCUAUGUGGACGACGAUGUGCUGAAAGAGCUGCUGCGAAAAUGCACAUCACUCAAUCAAUUGGAAAUGAUCCGACAGAUGAACACCGACGGACGUUGCUUGCUGCACGAAUUCCCGCAGCUCGAAGGUUUUUCAUUGCGGUCAAACGAUAACUUCGACCCACUAUGCAUGAACACAUUCGUUAAGAAAAACAUCCAGUUGCGAUCGUUGUCGUUGAUCGGUUGCAAUUUUGUCGAUGAUGAAAUCUUUGAAAUUAUUGCUGACAAUCUGCUGAACUUGGAAGCGUUGUAUAUCCGUGUCGUACAUGUUACAUCGCAAUUCGAAACGAAUCUCAACAAUUUGCUGCGGCUGCAAAAUUUGCGCAAAUUAGAAUUCAAUUGUGGUCUACGGCCAAUCGUGACAUUUGUACAAGGUCUUGCUAUGACAAAUCGCAUUGAACAGUUGGGCAUCUCAUCGGCUGAACUAACACCCGAACUGUGCAGCGCAUUGUGUAAUUUGAAAAAUUUACAAGUUCUCAAACUGAUUUCGAUGUAUGAUGGCCAGAUGAAGAGCAUCAAACCGAUUGCUCAGCAAUUGGACAAGCUCAAAGAGUUUCACAUUAUCGAAUGUGAUAUCAUUGACUUUGAGCAAUUGGCGGAGUUUGUGGAAAAUUCACCGAAAUUGGAAAAAUUAAUCAUCAUUCAGUGCAGCAAAAUCAUCCCGAUCAAUUCGGAGCAAUUUGUACGCAUGGCCGAUAGUGUACAGAAACGUGUCGAUAAGCUCCAGCUCAGCAUCCAUUUGGACUACUAUGAGCUGAAGCUCACCAAAGAGCUGAUCAGCGACGAUAUGCGCAAAGAAUACCUUCACAUUCUGCAGUGUGUCAGUUUGUCAUGGGAAGACAACUAUAAAUCUGGUGUUGUUUCCGACAAUUUAUACUUUGCUGAGGAAGGUGGCGCCAACGACUACUAUCCCGUCGACGAUGACAUGGACGAUGGCACCGAUGAAGAUGAAGAAUUCAACGAUCCAUACAAUGUCUGGACAAACGAAUGCGACUUCGACGAUGAAGAUCUCUACCCAUUUUAAAUGCAAAGAACGUAACAUUGUUGUGUAAUUCAGAUUUACACUUAUUUUGGAAUAUGUUUAGAAUUUAAGUUCAUAAUUUCAAUUCAAUGAAAGAGAAAAUCAAACAAACGUUUGAAACCACUGUGAAUUUCACAAUUUUGUUUAGAAGUUUUCAUAUUCCAUUUAUUUUCCCGUCUCAGAAUAAUAGUAUUUUCUUUAUAAAAAAAAAACAAUUUCAAGUUUCAACAGUUUGAUGUUAUCAAGAAAAAUAUAUUUACACAAUAAACAGAUAUUAUUUCUACAACUCUAAAA